AUGGCGCCUGCGAGGAGUGAGGCCGCGCCACAUGAUACAAGCAAUAAUGUUCAUCCAACUAUUCCUCCGCCUGCAGGACCCCAUCCCUCUUACAUCCAGGUUGCGAAGCCCUAUGUCUUUGAGCGGACUGUCCAUGAAUGUAUAGCAGCCACUGGCGUUGACCAGCUCAGGGAAGACAACAUUCGACUCCAGGGCGUCACCUGGAUCGAUAAUUUCCGGAAAGCUCUUCAUCUACCAGUCCGCACUUUCAACACUGCGGCUAUUUACUAUCAUAAAUUCAGGCUUGUACACCCGGAAAGCGAGUACAACUAUCUCGAUGCGGCAGCAGCAGCGCUCUUUAUUGCGUGUAAGAUUGAGGACACUCUCAAGAAAUCGCGUGAUAUCCUCUGCUCAGCGUAUAAUCUCAAGCUUCCGCCAGCAGAACACCUUUCUGCAGAUGAUCCGUUGUUUGAAUCCCAUUCACGCGGGAUAAUUGGCCUGGAACGGCUUAUGCUAGAGUCAUCGGGAUUUGACUUUCGCAACCGCCAUCCCCAAAAGCCACUUAUCAAACUAAUAAAGCAUUUUAAUUUUGACAAGAAUUCGAAAACGUCGCGAGUCGCGUAUGGCAUGAGUCUUGACCUUUACAGAACCUUUGCUCCUCUAAAACAGACUUCAGCAACCAUGGCCUUUGCAUGUCUGGAGCUGGCGGGUCGGCUUCUCAACGACCGCCAUGAACGCGUCGAGUCCGGGAGGCUCUAA